UGAAAAUUUGACUAUUCCGUUAUAAUGCAUUAUAUAAACUGCUCAUCCCUCGAUCAUUAUUUUAAGCAAGAAAAACCAUAAGAGACAAACCAAUAAAGAUUACAAAAUGGAGGAAGAGGGGAAGUCAAAUUUAGCGAGAAACAUAAGUAGGAGUAUCAGCGUCGCUGCAGGAAGUUGGCGGAUUGAAGAUGCAUUUUCCGGCGGUGCAGGUGGCAGUCAUGACGGCCGGAGCAGUCGUCAUUCCAUGGAAGAUGAAGAGGCAUUGCGGUGGGCUGCAUUGGAGAAACUACCAACUUACACUCGACUACGAACCACCAUUUUCAAGUCAUACAUUCCACCGGAUCAACAGGAAACGCAUUCAGCUGAUCAUCAGAUGCUGGUGGAUGUACGUGAGCUUGAUCCAACUGCUCGACAGAGUUUCAUUGAUAAGAUUUUUGUGGUUCCUGAAGAAGAUAACGAAAGGUUCUUAAGGAAGUUUAGAGAUCGCGUUGAUAAGGUUGGAAUCUCGCUUCCAACAGUUGAAGUGCGGUUUCAAAAUUUGACUAUAGAAGCUGAUUGUCAUGUGGGAGAUAGAGCACUUCCAACGCUCAUAAAUGCUGCUAGAAAUAUUGUUGAAUCCCUUCUCGCUAAUGUUGGGAUCAGUUUUUCUCAGAAAGCUAAAUUACGUAUUCUUAAAGAUGUGUCGGGAGUUAUCAAACCAAAAAGGAUGGCACUUCUGUUGGGUCCUCCAUCUUCUGGUAAGACAUCCCUUUUGUUAGCACUCGCAGGAAGGCUGGAUCACAACUUAGAAGUUGAUGGAGAGAUAACUUACAACGGCUAUAAGCUUAAUGAAUUUGAACCUCGAAGGACAUCAGCCUACAUUAGCCAGAGCGAUGUCCAUGUUGGAGAAAUGACUGUAAAAGAAACAUUAGAUUUCUCCGCAAGAUGUCAAGGAGUUGGAUCUCGUUUAGAAAUGCUAACGGAGCUUGCAAGAAGAGAAAAGGAAGAAGGUGUGACCCCAGAAGCUGAAGUCGACUUUUUCAUGAAAGCAACUGCAAUUGAAGGAGAUGUGAGCAGUUUGAUUACUUACUACACUCUAAGAAUAUUGGGUCUAGAUAUAUGUCGUGACACAUUUGUUGGAGAUCAAAUGAGACGAGGUAUCUCCGGAGGACAAAAGAAACGUGUAACCACAGGGGAGAUGCUUGUUGGACCCGCAAAAACUCUGUUUAUGGACGAGAUAUCAACGGGUCUAGACAGUUCCACUACUUUUCAAAUAGUCAAAUGCUUACAACAAGUUGUACACCUCACCGACUCCACCAUCUUUAUGUCCCUACUACAACCGGCACCUGAGACGUAUGAUCUUUUUGAUGACAUCAUCCUAUUAUCUGAGGGUCAAAUCGUUUACCAAGGACCACGUGACAAUAUCCUUGAAUUCUUCGAAGCUUGUGGAUUCGUGUGUCCAGAAAGAAAGGGUACUGCUGACUUCUUACAAGAGGUGACAUCUAAAAAGGACCAAGAACAAUAUUGGGCAGAUAAAAAUAGACCAUAUAGAUAUAUUUCAGUAAGUGAAUUUUCGAAGCGAUUCAAACGUUUCCAUGUGGGGGAGAAGUUGAAAAACGAGUUGUCAGUUCCAUACGAUAAAAGCAAAAGCCAUCAAGCUGCUUUAGUUUUCAAAAAAUACUUGGUCCCCAAAAUGGAGCUUCUCAAAGCUUCAUGGGAUAAGGAGUGGUUACUAAUGAAGAGAAAUGCGUUCAUAUACGUUUUCAAGUCUAUACAAAUCGUGUUUAUAGGAUUUAUCACCAUGACUUUGUAUUUUAGGACAACUAUGCACCAAAGGGAUGAACAAGAUGGUCGAAUCUAUGUAGGAGCACUUUUGAAUAGUUUGCUCAUAAACAUGUUUAAUGGGCUUGCUGAUCUUUCAUUAGUUAUUAUGAGGCUUCCUGUUGUUUACAAGCAAAGGGACCUCAUGUUUCAUCCUUCAUGGGCUUUCACUCUUCCAUCUUUCUUGCUUCGUAUUCCUAUAUCUGUGCUAGAGAGUGUUGUGUGGUGUGGCAUCUAUUACUAUGGAGUUGAUCUUGCCCCUGAUGCUUCGAGGUUCUUCAAGCAUCUUCUGUUGGUUUUCUUGAUACAAAAUGUGGCAUCAGGACUGUUUAGAUUAAUUGCUGGCGUUUGUAAAACAAUGAAUAUUGCGAACACAGGUGGAUCUGUUGUACUUCUUAUGAUAUUUCUUUUGGGUGGUUUUAUACUUCCUAAAACAAGUAUUCCAAAUUGGUGGGAGUGGGCUUACUGGAUUUCGCCUCUUUCUUAUGGCUUCAAAUCUUUCGCCAUAAACGAGUUUCUUGGUUCUAGGUGGACAAGUAAAAUGAGCUCGGACAAUUCAACCAACUUGGGGUAUGCAGUGUUAGAGAACCUCGACAUCCCAACUAAAGAAAGCUCAUAUUGGAUCGGUGCUGCUGCUCUUCUUGGUUUCACAUUUCUCUUUAACUUCCUCUUCACUAUUGCUCUCGCGUAUUUAGACGCCCCCGGAAAACCACAAGCAAUUAUCUCCAAAGAAGAAGCUGCAGCCAUGGAAUUAGAAGGUCAAGAUACAAACGAACAACCAACAUUGCAUCAUGCUAAUGGAAAUAAAGUCACUCCUGAUGUUACUAGUGUUGCUAAGAAAGGCAUGGUUCUUCAAUUUACUCCAUAUGCCAUGUCAUUCGACAAAAUGAGCUAUUUUGUUGAUAUGCCUUAUGAAAUGAGAGAGCAAGGGGUGACAGAAAAUAGGUUGCAAUUACUUAGUCAAGUAACGGGUGCCUUUAGGCCUGGUGUCCUAACUGCAUUAAUGGGAGUAAGUGGAGCUGGAAAAACUACGCUAAUGGAUGUUUUAGCAGGAAGAAAAACUAGUGGUUAUAUCGAAGGAGACAUAAGAAUAUCCGGAUUCCCAAAAAAACAAGAAACAUUUGCAAGAAUCUCUGGAUAUUGUGAGCAAACCGAUAUCCACUCUCCCACAAUCACUGUUCACGAAUCUUUAAUCUACUCUGCUUUCCUCCGUCUCCCAAAAGAAGUCAGCAAAGAAGACAAAAUGACUUUUGUGGGGGAAGUAAUGGAGCUAGUUGAACUAGACAACAUCAAGGAUGCGAUAGUGGGACUUCCAGGAGUUAGUGGAUUAUCAACAGAACAAAGAAAGAGGCUAACAAUUGCAGUUGAGCUUGUUGCAAAUCCUUCAAUUAUUUUCAUGGAUGAACCGACUUCUGGGCUUGAUGCAAGAGCAGCUGCCAUUGUUAUGAGGGCUGUAAGAAACACUGUGGACACAGGGAGAACGGUUGUUUGCACCAUUCAUCAGCCUAGCAUUGAUAUCUUCGAAUCGUUUGAUGAGUUAUUGUUAUUGAAAAGAGGAGGAAAAGUUAUCUAUGCGGGACCUUUAGGCAGACAUUCUCAAAGCAUCAUUGACUACUUUCAGGAAGUUCCUGGGGUUCCAAAGAUCCCCGAAAAGUACAAUCCAGCAACAUGGAUGUUGGAAGUCAGCUCUGGUGCUGCAGAGACGCGGCUCAACAUUGAUUUUGCUGAGCACUACAGUGCGUCAUCUUUGCAUCAGAGGAACAAGGAGAUGGUGAAGGAAUUAAGUGUACCUCCUCCUGGUGCUGUAGAUCUUCACUUUGAGACACAAUAUUCUCAAUCAAUGUGGGGACAAUUCACAUCUUGUUUAUGGAAAAUGUGGUGGAGUUACUGGCGAAAUCCCGAUUAUAACCUUGUCCGUUUUUUCUUCACUUUACUUUGUGCACUUAUGGUUGGAACCGUAUUUUGGAAAAUCGGAAACAAAAAGUCGAGUAGUAAUGAUUUGAGCACAACAAUUGGGGCAAUGUACGCGGCUAUAUUUUUUGUUGGUAUUAACAAUUCACAGACAGUACAGCCGGUUGUUGCAACAGAAAGAACAGUCUUUUAUCGUGAAAGAGCUGCUGGGAUGUACUCCUCUUUACCAUAUGCCAUGGCGCAGGUGUUUGUUGAGAUACCAUAUGUAUUCCUUCAAACGACAUAUUACACUUGCAUUGUGUACACCAUGGUUUCAUUCGAAUGGACAGCAGCCAAAUUCUUUUGGCUCUUUUUCAUCAACUUCUUUUCAUUCCUUUACUUCACUUACUAUGGAAUGAUGACUGUUUCCAUUACACCAAACGAGCAAAUCGCAGCCAUAUUCGCAGCGGGUUUCUACCUGCUUUUUAAUAUUUUCUCAGGCUUUUAUAUCCCACAACCCAAAAUUCCCGGAUGGUGGGUGUGGUACUACUGGAUCUGCCCGAUGGCGUGGACUGUGUAUGGGUGCAUUGUUUCACAGUAUCAUGAUGUGGAUAGCACGAUUACGGUGCCUGGCAUGGCAAUGGACCCUACCCUCACAUCAUAUCUCAAUGACUACUAUGGUUUUGAAAUGGAUUUCAUGGGUCCCGUUGCUGCGGUUUUGAUUGGUUUUUGUGUAUUCUUUGCCUUCCUAUAUGCCACUUUCCUUAGGACUAUGAACUUCCAAAUGAGAUAGAAAGUAAGUUGGUAUAUAAUGUUUGUAGGUUUUCUGAAAGAUGAUGUAAAUUUUAUUUUGCUUCAUAACAACAUUCUACUAUCAUAUUUGGUUGAAUUGAAAUUAUUCAUUUUUAUUAUAGAA